UCCGUCCGCGGGUGCCAUCAUGGCCGGACGCGGGCCAGUCAGGUGCUCCUGGGCUCCGGUCUCACCAUCUUGUCCCAGCCGCUCAUGUACGUGAAGGUGCUCAUCCAGGUGGGAUAUGAACCUCUUCCUCCAACAAUUGGACGAAAUAUUUUUGGGCGGCAAGUAUGUCAGCUUCCUGGUCUCUUUUGUUAUGCUCAGCACAUUGCGAGCAUCGAUGGGAAGCGUGGGUUGUUCACAGGAUUAACUCCAAGGCUGUGUUCAGGAGUUCUCGGGACUGUGGUCCAUGGCAAAGUUUUACAGCAUUACCAGGAGAGUGACAAGGUUGAGGAUUUAGGACCAGGAAAUGUACCAAAAGAAGUCCCAUCUUCCUUCGACCAAGUUAUCAAGGAGACAACACGAGAGAUGAUGGCUCGUUCUGCUGCUACCCUCAUCACACAUCCCUUCCAUGUGAUCACUCUGAGAUCCAUGGUACAAUUCAUUGGCAGAGAAUCCAAGUACUGUGGACUUUGUGACUCCAUAGUAACCAUCUAUCGGGAAGAGGGCAUGAUAGGAUUUUUUGCGGGUCUUAUUCCUCGCCUCCUAGGUGACAUCAUUUCUUUGUGGCUCUGUAACUCACUGGCCUACCUCGUCAAUACCUAUGCACUGGACAGUGGGGUUUCUACCAUGAAUGAAAUGAAGAGUUAUUCCCAAGCUGUCACAGGAUUUUUUGCCAGUAUGUUGACCUAUCCCUUUGUGCUUGUCUCUAAUCUCAUGGCUGUCAACAACUGUGGGCUUGCUGGUGGGUGCCCUCCUUACUCCCCAAUAUAUACUUCUUGGAUAGACUGCUGGAGCAUGCUACAAAAAGAGCUAAACACCCUGGAGAUGACUGAGUCCUCCCACCCUUCCCUCUACUUCUAAGAAGUCGCUGCUAGGUUCUCAGAAAUGCCUCUUGGAUUUGUCAUGUUCCCUCCAUCCCCACUGUCUUGGUGGAUCAUCUCUGCUCAGCUGUUGCAGCAGCCUGUUAUCUUGUCUUCCUGCCAUCAGCGUGGCACAGUAGGCAGUAGAUAAGCUGGAGCUCUGCCGGAUGACAAGGUCUGGAGGACAGCUACAACUGUCUGCCUGUGCAAGCUUCCGGCCAGGGGUAAGAUAUUUCUGACCCGCAUUUCUUAAGACUUCUUGCCCUAGCGUCCUAAAUCUUUACACCCCGAGCCCAAGCCAUACAGUCCCAAUUCUACAACCUCCGCUGCUCUGCGCCUCUGUACCUCACCAGUAGUUGCUCUCUGUGUUUAUCUUCCACUGAAGCCUUGCAAGAUAUUUAUGAAUAGAAAGUGGGUGUAAAGUUCUGCAAAUGUGUCAAACAAGGCUAAUUCCAUCUCCAUUUGAGCUUUGAAAUUCCUGUCCACCUCUUCAUCUUCCAUCUUCCUCUCAAAGUCUUUGAUUCCUGCUCUCUCCUUGUUUAUGGCCAUGAUAAACCUGGAAACCAUGGUGGCUAAGAGGUGUGACCUGGAAAGAGUGGGAAAACUAAAUGGAUUCAUCAUGUAUAGACAACUGUGCAGAGUAAAAGCUAUUGAAAUAACAAAUCUACUUACCACCUAAUAAUAGAGUAUUUGUUGGUGGCCUACUACAUGUCCUGCCCAUAUAUUCAUUAGCUCCAACCCAUAAAACAGCCAUUUACUGGUAAGCAGUAUCACCCCUACUUUACUGAUAGAUUUGCCCAAGGCUGAUGAAUGACAAAGCCAGGAUUCAGACCCAGGCCUGCAAGCCUGGGGAAUUCCUAAUAUGCUGUGCACAUGUAUUGAGUCCUACUGUUUUUCUGCAUUAAAAUAGGGGAACAGAUUUAAGGAGUUGAAACUUGAUGGACAGGAACUCGUGAUUUUAUAACAAUAAAAGGGUCAACAUUGUAUAUUAUGGUUGCAUGGUCAGAAACCCAACAAACCGGCCUAAAAAAAAAAAGAAUUUAUUGGCUCACGUAGCAGAAAUGGCCAGUGGUUAAUCCACUGGUUCAAGCAAAGGCAUCAGGACUCCCAUCUUCAUCCCAUGGGUCUGCCUACCUCUGCCUAGUUUCCCUCAGGCAGGCUCAUUCCAUGUGGCAGCAACAUGCCAAAUGGCGUGUUGGCUUCUUAGGCCUUGUUAUUCCAGAGAAUGAGCUAAUAUCUCUUAGGGAAGCUCCUGGAGGACUCUGGCCUCAAAUACAGGUCCAUCUGCAAGCCAUUCAGUACUCUGGCGUACUCGACUGGCCAGACCUGAGUCUCAGGCACAGCUGAAGGGGUCAGGAUCCAGGGUCAGCCCCACUGGAACCUUAUACUUUGAGCUGGAGCAGCAUGGCUCAUAAAACAACUUGUUAGUAAGGGGCAGAGCAAGAAUUCAGACACACCUGGGUGUUUGACAGCAAAGCCUGCAUGCUUUGCACCACAGCACAUGGGGGGGGUGGGGGCCAGACAUGGAGCCUUUGGUGAGACUGAAAGAUGAGCUCUUGGAAGCUCUGUCCCUGUGGGAGCUCACCUUCAACUGCCCAGCCGUGCUCUGAGGGCAGGAUGGCACUGGGCUGGCAGACGGCCUCUGCCCUGGCCACCAGAGUCCCCACAGCUACCUGCUGAGCGACAAAUCCUUCACAUGCAUCAGGGACAGGGUCCUCUCUCAGUGGGAAAAACAACUACCAUGGAGCUCCUGCCACAACCUUCCUGUGACCAUAGGCAAGAAUUGCCUCCUGGUGCUGUGGGUGUAACAGGAACCACAGGAGAAAGUCAAAUCAAGAAAGAGGGCAUGUGGGGCAUGGAAUGGAUGGAUGAAUAAAACAUCCUAGGAAAUAAUUUGAAAAACAAAAUUAUUUAACUAUGUUUUUAGUGAUCUCAGAGACAGGAAGGGAGGGGGGGAGAGAG